AUGCACGUGAUGGGCAGCGUCUCCCCGGCCAAUGAGAGGGAGGGCUUCUCCCUACAGGAAGAGGGCGUGGCCGUCGCCGUGCCGACGUCUCCUCCUUCCCCGUCACGUUCUCCAUCUGGUAGUUCUGGUAUCAACCUAAUCAGACCUCCUCCUGGACCCCCACCUCCUCCUCCGCCACCUCUUCCUCCUCCCCCUCCUCCUCCUCCUCCUCCAAUGCCGGCCCUGCUUCCGGGGCUGGGAAACCCCGUAGGAGGCCUGAGGAAGAAGAAGAGAGUGAGGAGUUUCUUUUGGAAGACGAUACCUGAGGAUCAGGUAGUCAUGACCCGGCUAAGUGUAGUCACGUGAUUAUUUUAUCAAAGAGGUAAAUACUUAUGAAGUGUGUGUGUGUGUGUGUGUGUGUGUGUGUGUGUGUGUGUGUGUGUGUCACAGGUAAAAGGACGGCCCAACCUGUGGACUCAGGGUGGAGAGCAGCAGCAGUACCAGAUCGAUGUCCAGACCAUCGAAGAGCUCUUUGGUCAGAAUGACUGUCAAUCAAACUCCAAGGCCAUGCCCACCAGGGGAGGGAAGACCAGAAGCUCAUUCAGGGAGGCGAAAGAGGAGGUGUGUACAUGUGUGUGUAUAUGUGUGUGUGGUACUCUGGGAUGCAGGUUGGCGUGUGCUGCUGUUUGCUGAAGGUGUGUGUGUUUGUGGACAGUUUCUACCUGGGCUGUGACCUCACGCUGACACCCGUUCACCUCUCGCUCUCUCUUUGUGCCCGCGUCUCUCCACCAGGUCACCAUUCUCGACCCGAAGCGAGGCAUGAACAUUGGGAUUUUCCUCAAACAGUUCAAGAGGUAAAUCUCCCCGCUCAGAUUUUCCAUUGUCCUCCAUCAAAGCCGCACAAAUGUUAAAUAAAUAUUGAACCGAACUUUCCCUUCAAAAGUACCAAACUGUCUGUAACAGGGUGUGUGUUAUUUUCCUCUACUGCUUCAUACUGGACCCACCGUAGUUUUCUUUGCCCUCAUAGAUGUUAUCACCAGGGUUGACCCAAUAGCUAAACUCAGCGCAAGAAUUGGAACAAAAGGAACCGAGGUCUGUCCUUAACAGGGAAGGUAACCAAAAAUCUGUUCCACUUCAGAACCGGUCCCAACUAGUUCAAGCCGUUGACAUCAUUUGUGUUGACAGUGCCGACCAUUUAGUUCUGUGCGUCAGUCGGCCCAAAUACGACCAAGGAAGUAAUCAUGGCGGACAGAAGACAGAACUGUUCCAGAACUCUUUCAUCUGCAGCUAAAUGUGGUCGCGGUUACAGUAUUCGAUCCAAAAACUGAGUGAUACAAAUGUUUUACUCACUCUAAAAUCCACUCGCUCUGUGAGACCGGCCUUUCGGCGAUAUGUUCCUCAUGUUUCUGCAACAUCCGGGAGCAUUUCCAAAAACUAUUCUAAAGACUAUAACCCAGCGAUUCCAAAGGAUCCGCUCCGAUCCGGCAGGUGGAUCAAAUACGAAAGCAUACAGCGCCCACCGAAUUUGAGAUUACCAAUAUUUCUCGAGAGACUGGACGAGAUCUCGCGUGUUUCUCCGUGAGACAUUGAAUGGAAUCGCAACCCUUGCCCCUCCCAUUAUCAAGCGAAGAACAGUUCAACGUAUUGACUUUAUUUUAUUUUGAAAAUUAAACGGAUAUUUUACUCUGCAGCCGCAUACAACUUGCGCUGCUGCUUGUGCUGCACUGAAUUGAUGCGCCGUGCCGCGGCGUCCGGCAAAAAUAGAAUUAUUGCAUAUCUGAUCUGUAGCGAAGCUGGACGGCGGACGGAUUGUGUGGAAUAACACACAUUAAUUCUAAUUCUUGCGUAUUUGAUUCGCCUGCUGUUCCGGAUCCUGUGGUUUUUAGCCGUAAGACUCUAAGGUCAUUUUCAGUCCAGUUGAGGCGUCUCCAUCGACAUCGGCAAAAAGAUCUACUUUAAAUCACAUUAUCGAGUUGUUGUAUUUCUGCUAACUGCUAACUAGCUAGCUAGUUUCCACAUCAGUAUGCGCUGUUAUACCUCCUCUGUGACUAAAGGUCCUUACGCACUGGUGCCGACGUGAAUUUAGAACGCGAAAUUACGAAAUACUCAGAGGCGAAUUUUAACUUUCCGGGGGGAAAAAGGCGCAUCCUGGGGAAGACUUUUCCCGGGGAAAGUCCCGCCUCCUUCGCCUCUGAUUGGCUAGAAAAGCUGGAAACAUCAUCACACACUCAAGCCAAACGGUCAGCACUUACAGCCAAUCAGAGGCGAUAAGAUAAGCAUCGUCAUAUGAGAAAUCCGACGCUAUGACUCUCCACAAGUCGUCCUUCAGGUCGUUAUCUUUGUAAAAUUUUUGUCUUUUAUCAAAAAUCAAUCAAUCUGAUUGGUCAGAAGUGGACACACAGGAUGCGAAACUUUAGAAAAAUCAACCGUGAUCCGAAAAAUAAAUGCCGCAAUAUCGCAAGACGGGAAAACGUCGCUGAUAUGAACGCUUUUUAUUGACAGGAUACGAUGUCCGAAAUAAUCGCACGAUAAAAACGCUCCCAGUGUGGAAGGACCUUUGGGGUUACAGUCCGACACCAGGAGUGUAGGUUGAUUUGUGAUGGCGUGAUGUGUCUCCUCGCCCUCAUAGUGAGGUAUUAUGGGUAAACACAUGUGGCGAUGCUGGUUUAUGACAUGUGACUCGUUCCAAUAUAUGACAGAAUGUCAGUGAGGACUGGUGUGAGGAGAGCUGAGGUGUGCGAUAAUGUUGAAAAAAGGACACUGAUGAGAAAAACAACAGAGAGAAGUCUGAACACCAAAACGAGACGCAGGACUACCCCAGAGAGAAUUUAACAUUCAACAGCAAUGCAAAACGGCUGCUUUGCAUCGCCGAGGUGACGCAACACGACGACAACGACGAAGGGAAACAAAUUUACCUCCAAGAUGCAGAAGCUUUGCAUACCCGCUGGGCCUGAGGUUUGGUUGAGUUACACGGUGGAAGAAAGCGUCGUGUAUCUUGUUCAUGUUGUGUUGAUGCAUCAAUAAGUCCAGACUGAGUGCUUUCCAAACACGCUGAGAGACAUACAGGCAUGAGGGAGACACAGAGACGGCCGUGUGUGUGAGGCAGAAACACGACCAGAGCUGCGAUAAGUCAAAAACAACGACAACCAACGCAAGGUUUCCAAAGUGCUGCACAGCAAUAUAAAAAUACAAUAAAUAACACAACGGAAGCACAAUUUCUCAAGGGUGGAUUUUUAGUUAAGAGUCAAACUAUUCUUCAGUUCAGUUCUACACACAUAGAUAUACUUAAUAUAAAAGGGUUUCUUCAAUUUCCAAUAUUUGGUUGUGUCUUAAAAUAUAUCGCUGACAGUAAAAUCCAAUGAAGAGGAAACCAAAAGUAGUUUUUAUCUUUGUUGGUGGGAAGUAUUGGCCUUUUGAUUUAACGGAACAUCUCUUCCUCUUCAAGGUCCAAUCAGGCGAUAGUGGAAGAUAUUCACCAUGGCAACAGUGAGGCUUACGGGGCGGAGCCUCUGAGAGAGCUGCUGAAGCUGCUACCAGAGUCGGACGAGGUAAAAGACACUGUCACGAACAAAUCCAACAUUAUCUGGAGUAAUCUACAGGGGGCGCUAGUUCAACUCAGUUGAUAGAACAUUACGGUCUCCGCCGGCUGUAACUUCACUACGGUGGUUUUGACAUGUCCUUAACUUGGACUAAAAGACUUUAAAGAUGUCCCUGUUGACGUAUGGUGGACAGAGUCAGUAAUAGAACGUCUUUCUUUCCUUUACUGGCCUGAAGGUGGAGAAGUUAAAGCUGUACCAAGGCGACAUCUCUAAGCUUUCAUUGGCCGAUUCCUUCGUGUACCUGCUGAUACAGCUGCCCAGGUAAGACUCCGCCCACCUCUGACCUCUGACCUUCAAACUCUGUAUUAUGUUCCGAAUAAAUGUCUGAGUACAGGGCAAGUUUUAGACAAAUUCUGAAGUUGAAGUUAAGUUUUGUUACAUGAGAAAAAGUGGGGAUGCACCAUCUGUAGAUUCAACACUUAAAUUCCUUUCAUUUAAUUUCAUUUAUUUCUUUUCUUCAUCCUCCGAGGUUCACUUGAAAAACUCACUUUUACAGACUUUUGCUUUUCUGUGAUGCUGUAUUUUCUCUUUUUUCUUCUUUUAAUCUUAUUUAGUCAAUGUUCUCACUGCAGGUCAAUUCCGAGUUUUUGACCAUCUGUGACUCAUAUCUGAUUUUUAAAUCUAAGUGUGAACAGGUCAAUUCUGAUUUGUUUUAAAUCUGACCCAGCCCUCUUUUUUAUGUGGAUAUAAAUCGGAUAUGUAUCUGAUGUGACUGCAGUGUGGACGCUCAGGUCGCGUUCAUCCGACCUUUACGUCGUCAAUAUGCGACAAACAUUGUUCGACAACACAAACAGGCGCGGAAAGAAAUUUGUGUUUUGUGCGCAUGAGGGUCACUUCACGGACGCAUUUGUUGUUGUAAUAUUUUAUUUUAUUUUAUUUACUUAUUUUUUUCUGCUCAUUUAUGUUAUUCCAUUUUAUCAUUACUAUUUAAUUAUAAUUGAAUUAUUAUUAUGAAUAUCGUCUUUUUAUAUUUAUUAUCCUGUUUCCUGCUUUCUACCCCCCUUUUUAUUACAUUUAUUUUUCUUACCUAUUUAAUGUUUUUAUUUUGUCCUCAUGGUCUCACUUUAUGUCGUAAGGUUCUGGUGUUGUCUCGGUUUCUCAUGACAAAUGAAAUUGGCCUUCAGUUCAGAAGUCUUGUUUUUAACUGAGCUUUUGUUUUUUUAUCGGUUUUAUCUCUGUGUUCUGAUGUUCUGCGCUUUACAACUGUUUGUCAAAGCACUUUGUAAACCUCUGCUUUUGAAAGUGCUAUAAAAAUUAAGUUAUUAUUAUUAUUAUUAUUAUGACUUCUAUAAUAGGAUUUUUCAAACUGCUGUUUUCAUGGGGAUGCUCAGAACACCGACAGCCGCUCUAAGAGAGUGAAUGCAGAUCCGAACAAAAGAAAGAAAACUGAGGAGGUUUUCCUUCCAGAACUAACGGAGCUCAGGCUUUCAGACUGUCAGCAGCAGAUGGUGAAGAGCGAGAAAAAAAGAAAACACUGAUGAAACUCAGAGCUGAUGAAAAUGUGCUGUUAAUGUGGGAGAAAAUCACGACUAACAUCCAUGAAGCACAACCGUCAGAGGGGAUUAUAGUUCUGAUCGUGGUUUUUGUAGUUUGAUGAAAAUGAGGCCAAAGAAAAGAGCAAAACAGGCAAAUAAAAAAAGGACUGAUUGUUUAUUUUUCUCUUUCUAGUUACUCGGUGCGAAUCGAGUCGAUGCUGUUGAAAGAGGAGUUUCCUGGAGCGUGUGAGGCCAUGAAAAAAGACAUCAAGAUCCUUCGCUCUGCAACCAGAGGUAACAACAUCAUCUCGUCAGGACACGUCGCACUGGAGCGGCUCGCUUAGUAUCACGCAUACGAACGAUGUUCUUCUACGGUGUUCUGACAUGACAGACUGAUAACACAUUACUGCCACCUGCUGGUCUGACUUUGCCAACGCUAUUAUUCUCACUUGUUUAUGCGUUGUCGCGUUGGUCGAUGAUAUAUUCAAAAAUGCCUUCAGUGUGGACCUUUUCUGAAAAUACUGGUUUAGGGGUGGACUCAACCCCAAUUUCCACCGCAUCCUGAACGGCUACAAAAAGGUCGUAUCCGCCGAUCGUAGCUGAUCGUAACCAUUCAAGUUAACGUGACAAUUUUCACCGGCAUAUUUACCCAGAAUGCAUUAAAGGGAUAUUCCGGUGUAAAAUUAAUUUAGGGUCAAACCCGCCGUAACAACGCUUGCUUCUCUAGUUAAACCAACUUUAGUAACGACCGCAGGAUAGUAAUACAGAGAGCCACGCGCUCAACCAAAACGCCACUCUAUAACCACAAAUAAUGCUCAGAACAGCACCUAACUUCAUCAACAGGACAUAUAGGGUCACAGCCACAGCUUGUUUGUGGCGAGACCUCAGGCCAGUCCAUUAUGGACUACAGCGGAGUUUCACAGCUCAAGGAAGAACAUUUAUGAUCAUUUCUUCAUGGAAAUACAAUCAGACCGAGACGCUGAGACAGAAGAACUACCGCGUCUGCAGUGAAAAUGAUUAAUGUGGUGAUUAUUACUUCAAGGAAAUGAUAAAGUCAUGAUCAUAAAUGUUCUUCCUUGGGCUGCGAAACUCCGCUAUAGUUCAUAAUGGACUGACCUGAGGUCUCGCUACAAACAAGCGUCUGCUGGAAGAGAGUAGGUGAGUUGUGUUUAGUCUCUUUGCUAAAGAAAUGAGUCAAAGUUAAAAAGAUGUUUGGUGUCUAGUACUAUGUCUGUGACCCUAUAUGUACUAACCUGAGUAGAACAUGGUGUAGUUUUGUUCAGUAACAGAACCUCAUUGGAAAAUUAGCCGAUUUAACUUUACUGUGCUCUUGUUCAAAUAUAUUAACUCAACAGCACAUAAAUCCAUACCUGUUAACAAAAUCAUGAUUUUAUUGAUAAUUCGGCUCAAUAAAAACACCUUUUUAUUACCUUUUUAUUUUACUACAGUAUUUAUGUUUAUGGCUCCUUAGACCGCUCUGUAUUUCUAUCCUGCGGUCGUUACUAAAGUUGGUUUAACUAGAGAAGCAAGCGGUCUGCAACAUAUAUCUCUUGACGGGGUGUCUAACUCGGUGUUGUGGUGUGUUUGACCCGAAACUAAUUCACGCCGGAAUAUCCCUUUAAGUACCAAAUAACGCAGAGAUAAGAUACGUAGCAGCACCAGACUAAUCCUCUAAGUUUUGUUCAUUUUAUUCUGCAAAUUUUGACUUCAGCAUCACACAAAAACACUGUCACACCGUCUCCUCCCUUCUCACACAGCCAAGUCUAACACUCAGACUAUUUUUAGCAGUGUGUGUGUGAGUGUGAGUGUGUGUGUGUGUGUGUGUGUGUGUGUGUGUGUGUGUGUGUGUGUGUGUGAACUUGAUAACAGCCAGAAUUUGCUAACUAACCAUCCACAUGCUAACGCUGCCUCUAACAACGUUCACACUCUGCGGAGCCUUCAGGGAUUUCAGGGAUAAUUGAGUUGUUUUUGGUUCCAUAUGAAGAUGCGUUUCUGUUUCUCCAGCCUCAUUUUCUCCCUCUAAUCUUUCCUCAUAUACAGUUGUUGUCUGUCGUUGUCUGUCCUGUUGUUUGUUUGUGCGCUGAUGCAAAUAAAGACUUCCUCCUCCUCCUCCUCCUCCUCUUCCCCCAGAGUUAAUGUGUUGUGAGGAGCUCCAUGCUGUUCUCCACCUGGUGCUGCAGGCCGGAAACAUCCUCAACGCUGUGAGUGAAAAAAAAAAAAAACUGAAUUCAUGAAUAAUUAGACGAUAAACAGAACGAGAGGAAAGAAAAUAAGACCACAGACUGUUCUGCUAACCCCUCAACAUGCAGUUUUCCAGCUUUAACUUUGCUCUUUUGCAAAUGGUGGCGUGUUUUUCUGUCUCAGCUUGUUCGAGCUCCAGAAGUUCAAUAUUUUUCAGGAUGCUUUCUCAAAGUCAACGGAAAUAUUCUCCCUGACUUUUGGCGUGCUGCGUUCGUAUCUUGCAGGGAGGUUAUGCAGGAAAUGCAGUGGGCUUCAAGCUGUCGUCCCUCCUGUCUUUGGCGGACACCAAGGCCAACAAACCGGGCAUGAACCUGCUGCACUUUGUCGCUCUGGUCAGUUACCUGAGUGUGUUUUUAUCCGGUCUUCUUUUUUCCUCGUUUGUGUGGACCAAUGCAGUAGAGAUGUUUAGAAAUAGAGUCCUCCGGUUAUUGAAGAAAAAGUCCGAAAAUUAUUGAUUAAAUCCGGAAAAGUUGAGUAUGAUGUUGACUGUAAGUGUUUUGUUGUUUUUUGUCAUACAUGAAAAACACGAGCGUCUUAAUUAUGUAAAUGUAUUUCAUUGUGCAGUUCCUCUUAAAUCCUAAAUAAAAAGUGAGGAUCAAACCCUUCUUUGUCUUUUAGGAAGCUCAGAAAAAAGACGACAAGCUUUUGGAGUUUCCGCUGAAGUUGGGUCACGUCCAACCUGCAGCCAGGUCAGACAGUGUAUUCAUUCACACAGUUUAAUACUUUAAAACCUCCAAAUAAAGCUGCUUUUACCAAAAUGUGAGUGCGUAUUAGGAUUUUUGUUUCCCUUUUUUAGAAUCUCUCUGGAAACUCUUGACACUGACCUGCAGUGGCUGACGUCUCGUACAAACUCAGUCGAGGAAAAUGUCCAAAGAGACACAGAGCUUCUGCAGCAACUGGAUGACUUCUUGCAGGUGAAACAAGAAUUGAGGUCUUCUACAGAGGAGGUUUUUUUUAACAACACAUUCACCAAACUGUUUACAAACGUAUUUGUGUCCAUUCUUUUCGCGUCAGUCGGCCACCUCGUCUCUGUGCUCGCUGCGCUACAGUCGGCAGCAGCUGAAGAAGGAAGGCAGCGAGCUGAUCGACUUCUUCUGUGAAGACAGAGACGCGUUCAGACUGGACGACUGCUUCGGCAUCUUCAACACCUUCUGUUCCAAGUUCACUGUUGCCGUCAAGGUACCGUCACUGCCAGACAUCCGAACACAUCACUAACCGAGUCAGUCAUCCACUCCCAAGGCAGGAGAAGAAGUAGAAGUAUGAGUUGUGGUAGUAGGGGCAACCUCCGGUGUUGAGGUUAUUGAGGUUCCUCUUCGUUUCUAAGUUAGUUUUCUGACUUAAUGGUUUUCUUGAUGACAUCUCUGACAGGCAUCUUGGAGUCUCAAUUUAUAGAGAUCACACAUUUUAUAGUCUAUGAGCACGAUAAAAAAAAGUCCCUCAUUGUCUUUUUCUUAAAAGGAGAACAUGGAGAGGGAGGCUAAAGAGGCGGCACGUCGACGACGGAUUCAGGAAUUGGAAGAACAGAAGCGGCACUCCUGGGCUGGGGGUGAGGAGGUAUGAUAACAAUCCCAGAACACGGUUACUAACAAUGUGUCAGUCGUUCAGAACAACAGCUAUGUGAUUCUCUUUCAGGUGGGCGGAGCAUUUGGAUUGCGCUCCAGCAGCGAGGCAGAUAUGUCAGCUGCCAUGUCGAGACACAGCGAGGCUGGGUUACUAGUGGAGCUCUUGACCCGCCCACGCUCUCCCAACACUCUGGGACGUUCUGGGAGCUUGCGGCGCUCAAGAAACUCUCCAUCCACCUCACCGUCUAUCGCUGCUGAGCGAGAACUGAGCACGCUCUUGAGGAUGGGAACCCAUGAGCACAAUGAACAGAAAGCUUUUCUAUCCAUCUCACCCGAGACAAGAGGUCCCGGACUCUCCCCUCAGACUCGGCCUCAAAGUCCAAGGCUCAGGACAUGCAGCUUCCCCCAAAACCAGCAGCCCCAAGUACAAAGCCCUUCCUCACCCCCCAAGAUUUUUUUGAGUGCAAACCACGCAACCGCCACUUACCUCAGCGACAACAUUUCUCCAUCUCACUUCAUCACAAUCAACUCUACAAAUAGAGAUACAGUCACACCUACCUCCGAUGCAAACCAGCGAUCUGACCACAAUAGUGGUAAAGAUGAACUCAACUUAAGUUCAAGCAGGCAAGGAACUCCUCAACAAACUCAAUCUGGCCUGAGCUGGAAAGAUAAUCAGGACUUUGAAGGUGACAGAAAGGUUGAAUCUAACAUUUCUGUGGUUGUAGAGAAACACACACUGGUGCCUGAGCUCAAAGUCUUCAGCAAGGUGGACAGACACAACAAAGGGCUUUUCACCAGUUACCAGCAUGAAUGUCGACUGGAUGAUAUGGUGGUGACGGAUUUGGAAGAAGAGGUAGUGGACAGAUCACAAGGCCAAAGUCCACAGACUCCGGAGAAAUCCAGUGUCCAACUUUGUGAAACAAACUCUCUGUUGCAGCAAAGACAAGAGGACGACCAGAAAGAAGAAAAGGUGAUUGUAUGGUGUGUGACCGGUGUGUGUGAGGCAGCCAGUGAGCUCACAAACACUGACGCACAUACAGAAACUGAGAGGGAUCAACAUAGGAGUGACAAUCAAGGAGGAAGUCUGCCACCUUCCUCUUCCGCAACCAGCAGAACACCUUCAAAACCUCAAUUGGCCAAUGAGAAGCAAGUGCCUGUGCCCAUCAGUAGCCAACCAGUGCCUGUUUCUCGCUGUGAUGAUCCAUCACUACGAGACACCUCCCCAAGAUGGCGCCCAGUAGAGUCCCCAUCCACCAACCAUAUGCCUGUUCUCACCAUAGAUGCCUCCAAGGAAGCUAAGGAACCAGCCAAUCGGGGGGAUUCCAAAAAUGGCAAAAAAGACUUAAAGGCUGUCCAAGAGCAAUCAACUAAUCAUGCAACCACUGAUAAGGAAAUAGCAGAUUCAUCCACAAAAGGAAAGGUAGAACUGGCUAAACCAACCACCAAAAACCCCUCUACCUCAAAGACUCGGCCAGCUGGGGUAAAAUCUGCAACCAACAACACAAACUCUGUGGCCAACAGGUCAAAGCCUGUGCGGACCCUCACCAACUCUGAGAACCAGGGGAUGAGGCGGGUAGUUCCUAUCUCAAGAGUCACUCGGAGCACACCAUCUCUUGCCAAACAUCCUGACAAGCCUUCUGGAACCCAACAAGGCUCAUCUAGCAUGGCAGCAUCCCCCAGUCUGAAGGCUUCCAAUGUCAACAGUGCAUCAAAUCGACGGGGAGAGAGGCCCUCAUCUGUCCCUAUAACCCGACGUGCCAGCAUUCACAAGACAACGGACCCCAAGGAUUCUAAAGACCUUAAGGGUCCAGGUACCCAAGCAUCUCAGAAUUUGCAAAGGAAGCCAUCCAUUCGGAAGACUCCAACGAAACCGAAACCCCAACCUGAGGAGAAGAUGUGUCGGUCCACGCUGAGGGCGCUUGCUCAGGGUGGUGCAGGAGGAGGUAGCAUCAGUGCUCCUGUUACUCCUCUGCAUAAAGCUGGAACCUCCACAUCGUCAACGCUCCCAAGUUUUGCCCGAAGCACUGCUGCUUCUUCUUUCAGGCGGACUAACACGACCCUUGUGCCUCCUGCUGCUCCUCAUUCAUCCCACUCUGGAACAGAUGUCUCCACUAAAACCUCCCCUAACCCCACCUCCCUCUCCUCUGUCACCCUUCCUGGCACCUCCUCGCCUUUUACCAGAACAGGUUCAUUAAGAGUGUCCACCGCCUCGAGAUCCUCGGAUCUUCCCAACAACUCCUCCACAUCAUCUCCACUAACAAGGUCUCAGAGCAUCAGGGUUCCUUCUCGCUCAACCCCCAAUGACUCACUGUGUCUACCAAGAGGACACAGACGGAAUGACAGUGGGACCUUUUCUGACAAGUCAAGUCAUUCUAAGGACUCAGGCAAAUCCACAAGGCCAAACUGGAGAUAA